AUGGCCAACGAUAAACGUACUACCAUCGACUUUGUGAAUGAUGUCAGACUGGGAAAGGAACAAACGAUUGCUUUCACCGGUAUCGAUCUCUUACCUGAGAGGAACCCUACGCUCAGCACCCUCGCUGUUCUGACCUUUGUGCGGACUGCAUUUGCUACCCUAGAGAAGUCCGAAGACUCGUGGGCCGCCAUUCCUCAACUAGCCACCCGCCAGACCAUCGACGAGCCCUUGGCUAUCUGCCGGCGAUGGCGCGAUCACCUUCACCUUGACGCCUUCGAAGACAUAUUCCAUGUACCCAUAUUCGAAAGGUCUUUCAGGCAGGUAACCACUAAGUUCGGACGACCCAAUGCCAUGUACUUUCGUGAAGCGCUACAGGACAUAUUGUCCAUCAAGUCAUCGGUUGCUUUCGUCACUGUUCGCGCUCCGGAGUGCAUGGUGUGCUUGAAAAUCUUUGAUUCCGAGGGCGAUGUGUUUGUUAUCUUCAGCCCUCGUCCUGCACCCGGCCAAAAUGGAUUGGGCAUAACAUUCAGCAAGUCGGUCGAACUAAUCGUGCAUCGCCUUUGUAAUAUCAUGCCCAUGGAAAGAGGCGGAACUCCCGGUGGCAGCCUCAACUGGCAAGCGCGACUUCUGUCGAACUGCACUAGCUAUAUAUUCGUACCUCGGCCAUCCGUCGAUGUCGAUGAUGUUCUGGAGGAGUCCAUCGCGUACUCUAGCUUGUCCCUCCUCACGAUGCAAGCCACGCGCGCAGACUUGCAACGCCAAAAGCACGCUCUCGAAGAAAAGGAUGGUAGUGCGAGAGGGUUCAAGGAACCGCGUCCCGCUCCCCGAGCCGUCAGCAGAGAAGCUGCUUGGCUGUCUAAUCGCAAUAAAGACCAUCAUUCACCUGCUCAACAAGACGACUCUGACUCCGACGAUUUCAUCAUUCCACCAGAGGAUGAUGACCCCGAUCUCAAACUCGUACUUGAACUUCAACGAACUUUUGACGACGAAGAUCGCGAACUGACUUCACAGAGGGAUGCCCUCAUGAAAACUGCUCAACGUCACUACCAUUGCGAGAUCUGUCUCGACGAUUUCCCCGAAGACGAUGUCGUUCAUAUCGACAAAUGCGAGCACAAAAUAUGCAGAGAUUGUGCUCGGAACCACGUGAGCACAAAGAUUAACGAACAUCGCUUCCCCGUCCUUUGUCCAGUCUGCACGGCAGAUCCACGGAAUCGUGAUCCCGGCACAAUAAGUGGAUUCCUAGUUCAGCUUCUGGGUGUCUCAGAGGAACAGUAUCAAACAUGGGUUGAGAUGGAAAUGGCUCAAUUUUCUGUGUUGAUUAACUGUCGCAAGUGA